AUCUAGUCAUCUGUCAAUGGCCAUUCAGAUUGCUUCCAGUCUUGGCUUACAGUACUUAUUUUUAAUCCCAUCUCUAGCAUCCAGAGAGGCAGAGUAAUGUAAUAAUUUUAAUUAGUCCCUUCCAAAUGUGUGCCUUUUUUUUUUCAUUUUAUCACCUAAUAAUUAACCAUAAUAAGUUCCUUUUGGCAGAGAUGGGAAACAGCUUCUGAGGUGGCCUUGUAAUCAGAGUUAAAAGCCCCAUUGUCAGUACUCUCAUUCUUCCUACGUAAGCUGACUUGUCAACUAAAGAAAUACGCCUGGCUCUUUCCCCACUCUCAUGUCCUUGCCUGUGCUCUUCUCCCUGCCCAGAAUGACCCUUCCUCACAAAGUACACCUUAGUCUAACCCAGGGUUCACUGAUUCCAAUAGGAGCAUUUGUGUGCCAAGCCUGGGGUGCCUGGCACAGAGAAGGUGAUCACUCCCGCCAGGAGCCAUCUUUCCCAUGGCUUUUCUAAUCUGUACUGCUCAAGUUACACUUGUUGGUACUGCCCUGUGAUUUGUCUAUAGAUAUGUUUAUCUACUCAAUGAGAUAGUAAGUAAGCUUCUGGGCAAAAAAAGCCAUGACUAAUACAUUUUGUUUCCCCACAGUGUCUGCUCAGUGUCUCACAUAUAAUCCGCAGCAGAUAAAAAUGGUUGAAUAUGAACAUUUUCCUUUUGAGCAAAUUACCUUAAGGGUGCUAUAAGAGGAAAGCCCGGACUUCAUGAGGACUGGUGAAUAAACCCGGGGCUUCCAAACCUCUCUGAUACUCAGCCCAGCUGAGGUCUAGGAGUUGAAUCAGGAUUUACUACAAGGGGAUUGAGUUUUGCUCGCGUCAGCAUGUCUGUUUUCUUUGCCAUUUAGGAAGCUUUGCUACUGCUCAGGAGCCUUGGUGGCGUGACUGCCACACUUGGGCUGCUAGACUGACUACCCUGCCUUGGGCUUCAGCUCUCUUGGCUUUCUACCAUCUGCCGGUUUAGCUGGUUGGCUGCCUGGCCAUGGCUGACUUCGGCCAGGUUUGCAGCCUGGAGGGAAUCUUCCGGGCAGGUUCGACCUCCAGGGGCCAUGUAACCUGACAUCUGGUUUAUUAGCUUAUUAAUUCAUCUUCUGACAGGGCAGUGCCGAGGCUACCCACAGCCUUGGUAAAGGUGUGGUCGCUUCCUGAAAUGGCCCAAUCUCAUGCCCUUCCUGUGUUGACAUCAAGCUCUGACAGCUUUCACAAAAGUCUCUUUAGCCAAAGAGACUGAAGUGGUGACACAGCAGCCUGGCCCAGCUGGAACUAGUUAACAACAGUCUGAGGACUUGGCUGAGAUCUAAGACCUUGAUGAAGAACUCUGUACCCAUGCCCAUCAUGAGCCAGCUCCAGCCACCUUUCUGGACCAGCCAGGCCUUAGCAAAGAGCAUCCCGGGCCCAAAUCCUAGACAAAGCCACAGAGUAUAUCCAGUAUAUGCGAAGGAAAAACCACACACACCAGCAAGAUAUCGAUGACCUCAAGCGGCAGAAUGCUCUCCUGGAGCAGCAAGGGGAAAGCGAGAGCUGAUCAAGUUCUUUGUUCCUGGGGAAUUCACUUCUCUUCCUCCCUCAUGGAAGAUGCAAGUAAAAGGAAAUUCCGUGCACUGGAGAAGGCGAGGUCGAGUGCCCAACUGCAGACCAACUACCCCUCCUCAGACAACAGCCUCUACACCAACGCCAAGGGCAGCACCAUCUCUGCCUUCGAUGGGGGCUCGGACUCCAGCUCGGAGUCGGAGCCCGAAGAGCCCCAAAGCAGGAAGAAGCUCCGGAUGGAGGCCAGCUAAGCUCCGUGGGGCAGGCCAGCAAUAAAAACUGUCUGUCUCCUCCGUCGUCUUAUCCUCCUUUCAGUUCAUCUUUAGAACCCUCAGAACCAUUUAAGAGACUCUAUUUUUUUCUCUUUCCUUUUUGUUUUUUUAAUUUUAUUUUUACGUAGAAGCUCUUGGACAACAGCUCUCGUUCUCCUUCCCCAUUUCCACUACUUUUUUUUUUUAACGUUUCCCUUCAGGGAUUCCCUGUCCCCACCAGGAAUUUUUAAACCAAAACACCCCAACUUGGCAGCUUUUUCUGUGGAGGACAGACGGCCGGCCGGACCUCUGAGCACAUGGUGUCCUGACCACCCACCAGCUCCUCCAGCCCUGCCGGGCACGUGCCCGGGGGCUCCUGCCCCUCCCAGGCCUCUCCUCCCAGGCCACCUUCACCUCUGUUUGAUAGACUUUGUGAAUCUGUGGACUGCUCUACUUUAAGAAGAUGACCAGUUUGGAGUAAUCAGAAUUAUACCCCCUUCUUUUUAAGGAUUUUUUUUUUUCUAAAAAGCUAUUUAUCGCUCCUAUUGAAAGACCAGAUCCUUGAAGAAGUUUGUGGUAUGAAAGGAAGUGGGGACAGAUUUGCAGCGCAGACUCUUUGGCCUGUUUCACUCCUGCUCCUCUCAGCCAGCCUUAGGGAGGGCCGCGUGACACUCGUGUGGUCUGUGGGGGGAUGGCAGCAGUGAAGCGGUAGCCGCCGGGGGUAGUGGGGGGUGGGGCAAGGAGGGAGGAUCCGGUGGGGUAGAGGUUUUGUAUUGAGGUCAGUGAUGAUGUUUUGAUAUUUAUUUCCUGCUACUGAAAUUUGAAUCUGAGUGAAUUGUCCCUAUUUCUGAUGAUGUCGGUAUUGCAAAGCGACAGAUUCAUAAAGUAAUGAUCAAAUCUUCCUUUCUUUCCGUGUGUAUUUCUAAGAAAUAGAGCCAACUGAUUUUGUAUGUAAAUACCAAGAGCGAUUCACCUGGUACUAAACCCGCAUCCCAGUGCGGACCCCUCCCCACCCUCGCCCCACUCCCCUUCCGACUGUCCUGGAACCCAUCCCCAUUGUGUGAUCCAGCCCUGGUUCUGGCUGCGGUCAGCAGAUCCCAGUGAAGGGUUUGUGUGUUUAAGCUUCAUUUCUUUGUCUUUUUCCUACUCUCUUCCCUGCAUUUGCUGAUUUCUAGUGUAUACUCUGUAGUCUCAGUCCGUGUUUGAUUCCAUUCCAUGGAAAUAAAAAGUAUGUUGUACAUACUGCUGAAGAAUUGUCUUGCAAGUUAAGGCUUCCCCCUUUACUAUAAGACUAUAAAUAAAAACUUAUUUUAUCCUU